UAUUGUUGUCCGUACAAAAUACAAAAUCUAAAAUAAAUACCGCGUGAUCUCUGCAAUUGCCAACAGAUGGCAGCAGAAGCUCGAUAGUCACAGAGUGAGGCAGAUGGAGAGAAGAGGAAGAGGAUGAAGAAGGGAAAGAGGUCUAAUGUCGCUUAAACCUGCAGAUGACCGGGGAUACUUUAUUUCGCUGUAAUGCCAAGAGUUCCUCUGCGCUGGGUGUUGUGGGAUAUUAAAGACACGCUGCUGAAGGUCCGGGGGUCUGUGGGAGACCAUUACUCCAAAGAGGCUGGAAGAUGGGGCCUUAGCCUCCAUCCUGCAGAGAUCAACGCUGCUUUCCGGGAGACAUUUCGGCGUUAUUCGAUCAGAUACCCAAACUAUGGCGUCUCUCAAGGUCAGACCGGACAGACUUGGUGGAUAGGAGUCAUGCGAGACACUCUGGCUGAGUGUAAAGUCAACGAUCCAGCGUUGCUGAACACAAUGGCUACCAAUCUUUACCAAGAUUUCUGCAACGCAGAAAAAUGGGAGGUAUUUCCAGACUCCAAGACGGCCCUUGAACGAUGCUCCUCUCUUGGACUGAAGCUGGGCGUUGUGUCUAAUUUUGACAAUCGCCUCGAAACAAUUUUACGCAGCUGCGGUCUGCUGUCGCACUUUAGCUUUGUGGUAACAUCGGAGGCGGCCGGCGUGGCGAAGCCCAGCCCGGCCAUCUUUCAUCAGGCCCUCCAGAAAUGUGGCACAUCCGGUGACAGAGUGGCUCACGUUGGGGACCACUAUGUGUACGAUUACCUUGCUUCUCGCUCUGUGGGAAUCCACGGCUUCCUUUUAGACAGAGACGACUCGCACAAAGAAGGCGAUGUUCCUCAGGAACACCGGGUUGUGACACUGGAUGAGCUGCCGUCACGCCUUCAGGAACUUAUGAUCGAUUGACACAAGAAAAAAUCUGUACAUCCGAUUAGGCCUGUCACAAAGCAACAUUUACUAAUUUGUCUCAGUAAUUAUUGCUAAUAAAUGAUAACAUUGCUGUUUAAAGACCAUUUUCAAGAAACAUAUUGAUAAUGAAAAUUAUAAUGCACAAUUGCCUUUUUGAGGACUAGUAAGCAGUAAAGUUUAACACUGGAACUUAAAGACAUUUUAAAUAUCUAAAUUAACACAACCCAAAACAAUAAAAUAGAAAUCAGAAACGCAGUCAGCUGAAACCAUAAAUAAAAUGGAUUUUGACAUCUCUAUAAACAAAUUUGCUCGUAAAAAUUCUUAAUCAUCAGAAUAUGACAGAUUCUCUUGCAGUAGUGAUAUGUAAAUGAAAUGUACAGUAUAUGUUUAUGGGUUACGCCGUCAAUACAGAUGUUUAUAUUCAAUUAUCUGUGUCCCAAAAAGGAUUAUUUGCUUAUAUGAUUAUAACAUACAGACCCUAAAGGACAAAUAAAUGUAAACAUUUUUUUA